AUGGAUCCUUCUUCUCUCAACUCGCAUCCGUCCACCGCCGCCCAGGCCAAGACGUUCGUGGCUCCGGGCUCUCUCGCGUAUCCUAAUGGCGUGGACCUGACCCCACCGACCUCGGAGAAGAACACUCAGCAGGUACCAGACAACGCGAAUGGUGUUGCGACCCCUGCGGCUACCCCCGAUACCCAGAAUGGCCAAGUCCCCUCUGGUAUUGUGCCUACUCUUCAGAACAUCGUCGCUACUGUCAACCUGUCCGCUCGCCUCGACCUCAAGACUAUCGCUCUGCACGCCCGAAACGCUGAAUACAACCCCAAGCGUUUUGCUGCUGUUAUCAUGCGUAUUCGAGAGCCCAAGACGACAGCUUUGGUCUUCGCAAGUGGAAAGAUGGUUGUGACUGGUGCCAAGUCUGAAGACGAUAGCCGUCUCGCUUCCCGCAAAUACGCGCGGAUUAUCCAGAAGCUGGGGUUCAACGCCAAGUUCACCGACUUCAAGAUCCAGAACAUCGUUGGCUCCUGCGACAUCAAGUUCCCCAUUCGCUUGGAGGGUCUUGCCAGUCGCCAUCACACUUUCUCGUCGUAUGAGCCUGAGCUGUUCCCUGGUCUAAUCUACCGCAUGAUGAAGCCCAAAAUCGUCUUGCUCAUCUUCGUCAGUGGCAAGAUUGUCCUCACGGGCGCCAAGGUUCGCGAGGAGAUCUACCAGGCCUUUGAACUCAUCUACCCAGUCUUGUCAGACUUCCGCAAGUCCUGA